AUGUCUGACGAAAAAAUUAACGUGCAUCAAUAUCCAUCAGAGACCGAUGUGCGUGGCUUGAAAGCCCGAAACGGAGGUGCCUGUGAGGUUCCUUUUGAAGAAAAUAAUGAACCCAUUCCCAACCGGAGUGCCAAUCCACAGGAAAAGAAUGAAAACGAGUUGGUGGGUGAUAAUGCGGACAAUGAAGCACAUGAUGCCGUUGAUGUCAACUACUGGGCUCCACGACAACUGCGUUUGGAUUACCGCAACUAUAUGGGUGAGUUUCUUGGAACCUUCGUCCUACUUUUCAUGGGUAAUGGUGUAGUGGCCACAACAAUUUUGGAUAAGGAUUUGGGAUUUCUCAGCAUCACGCUUGGUUGGGGAAUUGCCGUUACGAUGGGUCUUUAUAUUUCAUUGGGAAUAUCUUGUGGUCAUCUUAACCCGGCGGUUACCCUCGCCAAUGCCGUUUUUGGUUGUUUCCCAUGGAGGCGGGUACCCGGUUACAUCGCAGCACAAAUGCUCGGUGCUUUUGUUGGUGCGGCAUGUGCUUAUGGUGUUUAUGCUGAUCUUCUGAAGCAACACAGCGGUGGGUUGGUUGGUUUUGGUGAUAAGGGUUUUGCCGGUAUGUUCAGCACGUACCCACGCGAAGGGAAUCGUCUCUUUUACUGCAUCUUUUCCGAGUUUAUCUGCACAGCAAUUCUUCUCUUUUGCGUCGGUGGCAUAUUUGAUCCCAAUAACUCACCUGCCAAAGGACAUGAACCGCUGGCAGUUGGUGCUCUUGUGUUUGCUAUUGGAAACAACAUUGGUUAUGCAUCCGGUUAUGCGAUUAAUCCGGCUCGUGAUUUUGGUCCAAGAGUUUUCUCCGCUAUUCUCUUCGGUUCCGAGGUGUUUACGACGGGAAAUUAUUACUUUUGGGUGCCGUUGUUUAUCCCCUUCUUGGGAGGCAUUUUUGGCCUUUUCCUCUACAAAUACUUUGUUCCCUACUAA